AUGGAACCUGCUGAAGAUGCAGGCGGCGUCGAUAUUGAACUGUUGUUUUUCGACGCCGAAGCGUGUGCCGUUUUUGUUUCCAGCUCCCAGGGUUCAUAUAGUGUUCCCAGUCCCCGGGAGCCGGGUGUCAUCGCUUUCCAUAGCGAAGUCGGCAUGAAACCUGCUGAAGAUGCAGGUGGCAUCGAAAUUGAACUGUUGUUUUUCGACGCCGAAGCGUGUGCCGUUUUUGUUUCCAGCUCCCAGGGAUCAUAUAGUGUUCCCAGUCCCCGGGAGCCGGGUGUCAUCGCUUUCCAUAGCGAAGUCGGCAUGAAACCUGCUGAAGAUGCAGGUGGCAUCGAAAUUGAACUGUUGUUUUUCGACGCCGAAGCGUGUGCCGUGUUUUGUUUCCAGCUCCCAGGGAUUCAUAUAGUGUUCCCAGUUCCCCAGGAGCCGGGUGUGUCGACGCUGCCCGUCGGCGAAGUGGAAAUUGUUGGCCUGCUGGGCAUGCAGGUGUCCUCGGCGUCAUUGUGGUUUUGUGGUUGUGUUUUUGUUUUUGAUGCCGAAGCGAAAGCUGUGGUUGUAUUUGCGGCUCCCGGGGGAUCGUAUAAUGAAGGUCCCAGUGGUCCAGGAGCGGGCUUGUCGCCUGCAUGCCCAGAGGGCGCGUCGAACUUGUAUUUGCGGCUCCCAGGGGAUCGUAUAGCGAAAUGA